AUGACCCGGCUGGACGCGGGAACCAUCGCGGAAGCUUCCAAGCUGCGGCUGAUAGUGCAGUUCGGGGUGGGGCUGGAGGGGGUGGAUGUGACAGCAGCAACAGCGAGGGGGAUCAGGGUGGGGCGAAUCCCGAGUGCUGAUACGGGGAAUGCUGUUUCCUGUGCUGAACAUGCCAUCUACCUCGCCCUGGCGUUGCUAAGGAAGCAGGUGCGGUUAAGAGUGGUGUUCUGGGAGGCGUUUGCAGGAGUCCAUUCAGCAGCAGCGGCUAGGGCAGCCCAUCGGGCAAACCAUCUUUGGCAAGUCGGUGGGUUCAGGAUUUUGGAGGUUGGUAUUGAUGUUGGUGUUGGUAUUGAUGUUGGGGUUGGUAUUGAUGUUGGGGUUGCUAUUGAUGUUGGGGUUGCUAUUGAUGUUGGGGUUGCUAUUGAUGUUCGGGUUGCUAUUGAUGUUCGGGUUGCUAUUGAUGUUGGGGUUGCUAUUGAUGUUGGGGUUGCUAUUGAUGUUGGGGUUGCUAUUGAUGUUGGGGUUGCUAUUGAUGUUGGGGUUGCUAUUGAUGUUGGGGUUGCUAUUGAUGUUGGGGUUGCUAUUGAUGUUGGGGUUGCUAUUGAUGUUGGGGUUGCUAUUGAUGUUGGGGUUGCUAUUGAUGUUGGGGUUGCUAUUGAUGUUGGGGUUGCUAUUGAUGUUGGGGUUGCUAUUGAUGUUGGGGUUGCUAUUGAUGUUGGGGUUGCUAUUGAUGUUGGGGUUGCUAUUGAUGUUGGGGUUGCUAUUGAUGUUGGGGUUGCUAUUGAUGUUGGGGUUGCUAUUGAUGUUGGGGUUGCUAUUGAUGUUGGGGUUGCUAUUGAUGUUGGGGUUGCUAUUGAUGUUGGGGUUGCUAUUGAUGUUGGGGUUGCUAUUGAUGUUGGGGUUGCUAUUGAUGUUGGGGUUGCUAUUGAUGUUGGGGUUGCUAUUGAUGUUGGGGUUGCUAUUGAUGUUGGGGUUGCUAUUGAUGUUGGGGUUGCUAUUGAUGUUGGGGUUGCUAUUGAUGUUGGGGUUGCUAUUGAUGUUGGGGUUGCUAUUGAUGUUGGGGUUGCUAUUGAUGUUGGGGGUUGCUAUUGA